AUGACAAAGGUAAUCAACUCGAAAGCUGACUUCCAGUCAUACCUGAAAGAUUUCAACAGCCAAAAUGUCCCGUUAUAUUGCCAAUGGUACAGUGAAGAUGUUAGUAUGGUGAUUCCGACUGUUUCAGUGGAAGUCAGCGGUCGAGACCCACUCAAGGGUUUCUUUGGAGAAGCACGGAAAACCAUGAAUGAAUACCUUUAUCCCGACCAUGUGGUCCUUGACGACAAGGGUAUCUCUAUAUAUGCAACAAUCUACUUCGUGCCGAAACAAGACACGGAGAAGGCCAAUGGGUUCCCUGCCGUCAAGUUUGGGCAAGCUAUUCGGUCGGAGUAUAUCGUCUUCUAUAUUUUCAACGAGUUGAGACAGAUACAGAAGUUUUGGGCAGUUGCAAGUGGCGCGCCUGUUGUUGUGGAUGUUCCCAAAGACAUUCGUUAUCCUCCCAUAACUUAA